AUGGAAAGGUGCAGAAAGCGAAAGAAUCGAGAAAAAUAUGUUAGCAAAGGGGGCCCAUCUCGCGAUGAUAGCAGCGAAGUUGAAAUUGUAGCUAAUGUCACAACAGCACCAGUCAUCGUAUCGUGCAUUCAAUGCGACACCUCAUGUAUUGCUGAUCCUGUCUAUAAUGGUCGUUUACGUGAAUUUGUAAAGGACGAAGAACUACUCGCUGCUCUGGCGAUGAUUGGAGUCCGCUUUGAUCAACAUCUCGACCUCAUACUGAGGAUGAAGAGGUCGACUCUUGAAGCUUUUUUUGUUGAUCAUGUCCCUGCGACCAAAAUGGAUGUCUGUACAAAGUGGCGACUGUUACGCUUGUUCAUGAAUGGAAACGUCUCUGCAGAUAUUUUCACUUCAACUUCUGGCUUGGACGAAUUGCUGCAUAUAUCCGCUCCAGCUUCCAAGGACGAAACCAAAUUCAUCAACUACGGCUAUUUUGAUUUUAGAGUGAGUCUCCAGUAUGCAAUGCAAUUGGACGACGAUGAAGAUGAUGCGCUAUUUGGAAGUCUCAUGGAUGCUCUCGUCGACAAAUCGUGUAAUCACUUCUGCCACCCUGAACCGGACGCAGCCGCGCUUGAAAAGAUUAUUGCAUCGAUAUGCUCCGUCGUUCCUGGACAUUUUGAGAAAUACACAAACUAUUGGCCUAUUAGGAUUUAUCUACUAUGGUUUUACAGCACUGUCCCGGCCAUAACCCCCACCUACACAAAGGAGGAAGAGUCAGCCAUAUUUGCAGACAUGUUUUCGAAAAAGGUUUUGAGAACGUUACUGCGCAAAGUGGAUCUUACACAUUCUCGCUUGGUGGAUCUUUUACGAGACUCAGAUCCUUCGCUUUCACAAAUGUCAACCUCAAUCACUCCACCCAGGGCACUCACGCCGACGAUGCUGCCAACGAUUGAACAAAUUCCUUGCCCAAAAUCCUCUGAUUCACUCCCGGAAACUCGUCGCGAGAACCACCUACCCGUUCGCAUCAACCGCGCUUGCCAUACAAUCCAUGCGUAUAUGCACCAUCAAAAUAUGGGUGAGCUCAUCCCCGUUCUGGUCCAUCUAGGGUUCAAAUCCGAAGAGCAUUUUACAUUGUUGCGCAAGACCAUGGCUGCGCCUUCGUCGUCGGCGUCGCCUAGGACAUCCCCUCCAGCCUUCGGAAUCACAUUCCCCGAGGUUCCAUUUGAGGAUAAAGUCGAUCGUGAAGUGGUACUGAACUCACCCAUGCUAAGCCGACUGGGAGAUUUUCAAAAGUUUUUGUUACAAAUCGCAUUCGACAUUGAUCGAGAUCAUGAUGCAACAUUCACUAGAUUUAUUCAUGUUAUCUUAUGGGCAUCUAUACAAGAAUCAGCAAAACUGCGGGAAAUGGCGAUGAAGCAAAGCACUUGCCGAAACCUUGUUGAGGCUGCCGUCCAACUGCCGUCACUACCCAGACCUUCAAUCAAAUUUCUAGAUUCACUCAUAGACCACAAUCAACUCGACCUCACCCCCUCAAUCAUAUUUAGACAUACCAAUAGCACUGCGCGUGUUCGAAAACUUGCAAAAUCUCUCGAUAGUUCAAAACCACAUCUAGAGCAAGACACCGAUGCAUGGGAAAAAGUGGUUGCUGUGAUGCUCAAUUUGGAUCCUGCCCUCAAGGACUAUGAAGACAAUUGGCCCAUUGCCGAAUAUUUUAAUAGCUUUACGCGUAGAAGAUGGACUCGAACACAAGACAAUCAACUUUCAUCUCGUCGUCAACGUCUAUAUUCUCGUCAACUUGCGUCUCAAAAAUCCAUAUCUCACCCAGACACCAGUGAAGUAGAGAUUGCAGAAGUUGAAGCAGCUGUGUGA